UAAUUUCAAGCACUUGGUAACAAGAACUAUCGUAUCCUUCGAAAAAAUCAGAGGUGGUUAGUCUUGGACUGUUGUUGGAGUCGGAAAACACGGCAUCUGGAAUUACUAAGAUCUUACGUCAUAUACAGAAAGAAUAUGUUCCACAAACGAUAAACGAAAACGGAAAAUUGGAGAUACUUCAACCGAUUCCUUUUGGUGGGGACCAAUUGACUGAGGAACGUUCUAUCAACAUCAUUCGCGCUUUUCUGGAUGGCGAUACCAGCUACGAUCGUAUUGAAGGUCUACAACCCAAAUUUGAGGACUGGCACUUGAAAAUGACUCUUUACGAGGUCAAAGAUUCGCUUUUUCGUAAAGAGACAUCAGGCGCAGAGUUUGGAACGACACAGUGGGCAAUGAACGUGUUACGUACAAGCAAUGCUAAAAAAGGUCCACAUGCUGCAAUGAAAGCCUACGGUGAAUUUUCGGAUAAAGAACUAGAUGCACAAAUAGUCGCUAUUACAAUGGAGCACUUCAACAUGGCAACAUUUGAAGAUGACCCAGUACCGACAAAUAUCAAAACAGGAUGUGAGGAAGAGAAACGAAAAUGGAUUUCUAUGCAUGUUGAAGAUAUAAUAAAAAGGUAGAUUUAUGUGAUAAUAUAUGUUCAGUAAUGUCGUCACUAAUAAAAUUACAUUUCAUCGUAUACUAAAUAACAAAUGUCUAGAUACACAGUAGCAUAUGCUGACAACAUAGGCAAUGUAAGAGAAAAACUUAAACAAGAAGGCAUAAGAAAGCUGAAAAUAUUCGUCUGCUCCAAAAAUGCUACUGAAGAAUGUAAUCAUUGCCCCUUCAAAUCCGCACGUACGAGGGAUCUUCAUGAGAAACUGAAGCAUAACAUGGACAGGUCAGAUAAUGUAUAUUUAAAUGUAAUUAUUAUGUGAAACCCAUGUUCAGUAUAUAUAUCGUACCUUUACAGUUAAAAUAAAAAUAAAAAUGUUAAA